GGUCUCCUAAAAAUGGGCCUGUCCUGCACGGGAAGUGAGAGAGGACUGCUGCUAUGUAUGGUAUCCACCAACCCCAGAACCUCACAGGGCCGGCCGUGCUCCUCUUUUUGCCUUUGUGUCUGAGGAGAGAGAGGGCAUGAAAGAGGGAUCAGAGUGGUUGAAAGAGUUGUCCUGAGGAUUCUUGUAAAGAUUGGAUUACUCUGCAAAGCUUGGGAUGCUUAAGAACUGUAACUGACAGACCAACGUUUACCUCUAAAACUCUGAUUUCCUACAUUUCCCUGCCCUCCACAGGGCUUAGGUGACCUUUUUUGCUUGUACUGUUUCAUUCUGUGAAACUUAAACCUAACUCAUUUUUUUGGGGGGGUGUGUGGUUUUUGUUCUGGACCAUGCUCUCCCUGUGGUUGUUUCUGCUCCCUUGCCUGAGCCUCGUGCCCCUGGCCCCGGCUGAAAAGGGCCUGGAGUUCCCACAGUACGACGGGAAAGAUCGCGUCCUAGAUGUCAAUGACAAGAACUACAAGAAAGCCUUGAAGAAGUACAGCAUGCUUUGUCUGUACUACCACGAGCCUGUACCGGACAGCAAGGAGCUGCAGAAACGACACCAGAUGACUGAGCUGGUUCUGGAGCUUGCAGCUCAGGUUCUGGAAGAGAAGGACAUCGGGUUUGGAACGGUUGACUCCCACAAGGAUGCAAAAGUUGCAAAGAAGCUGGACCUGGAGGAGGAGGGCAGUGUUUACGUUUUUAAGGCCAACCGUGUGAUCGUUGACGGCUUGCUGUCAGCUAACACGCUGGUGGAGUUCUUGUUGGAUCUGUUGGAGGAACCAGUGGAGGUGAUAGGAAACGCUCUGGAGCUGAGAGCCUUUGACAGGAUGGAGGAAGACAUCCGCCUCAUUGGUUACUUCAAGAGCGAGGACUCUGAGCACUACGAGGCCUUUAAAGAAGCAGCAGAGCAGUUCCAGCCUUACAUCAAGUUCUUUGCAACAUUUGAGAAAUCUGUGGCCAAAGAGCUGACUCUGAGGCUGAACGAGGUGGAUUUCUAUGAGCCCUUCAUGGAGGAGCCGGUCACCAUCCCAGGCAGGCCUCACUCCGAGGAGGUGCUGGUGGACUUUAUAACUGAACACAGACGACCAACUCUGAGAAAACUGCGUGCAGAAGAUAUGUUUGAGACCUGGGAGGAUGAUAUUGAUGGCAUUCACAUCGUUGCUUUUGCAGAGGAGGAAGACCCUG